UCAAACCAAAUUGCAAAAAACUAAGCAAGAAAGAAGGAAAUAAAGAAAGAAAUGUCAUCGACAUGGACGGCGAAGCAGAACAAGCAGUUCGAGCGAGCACUCGCUGUGUAUGACAAGGACACACCGGACCGGUGGCAGAACGUGGCGCGUGCCGUCGGCGGAAAGUCUCCUGAAGAAGUUAAGCUUCACUAUGAACUUCUUCUUGAAGAUCUUAAGCAUAUAGAGUCUGGCAAAGUUCCAUUCCCCAACUACAGGAGAAGCAGAGGUUGAUGUAGUUCAAUGGGAAUGAGAAUCAAGAAGAAGUCUAUAUGCAUUAUAUAUAUAUAUAUAUAUAUAUAAAGUUUAUAAGUAGUUUUUAAGAAGAAGUAGAAGCAUAGAAAGAUUUGCUUCUUAAAAUUUCUCUGCUGUCUUUCUGCCUUGUUUUAUUGUAAAAUGUAUCUCAAGAACACCCAAUGGAUGUAUUUCUUUGGGUUGUUAUUAUAUUUUAUGAACUUUUAUUGAUUAAUAGCAAUUCACAUCUUACUCAGUUAC